CAAAAGUCUGCGCCGCGCCCUUCGCACAACCAAAUACCUCGUCAGCACCAAUAUAAACACCAGUACCAAGCCCAAAAGAAGAGACAGCUCACAUCAUAAACAGUAGAUAUUAGCUACCUACGCAACACUACCUAGGUACAGUGUCAUCAUACAAACAGCAAACUCACACAAAGAGCACCAUGGACCAUCCCACUCCCCCCCUCAGCACGGACUUCCUGUACAGCACCCGCGGCGGCAUCGUCGAAAACCGGCACCUCGUCCACGCCGCCGUCGUCUCCUCCUCCACCCCCAGCACCAGCCCACCCCUCUUCUCCCUCGGCGACCCCACCCGCCUAACCUUCCUCCGCUCCGCCGCAAAGCCGGUGCAGGCCCUCCCCUUCGUCGAAGCGAACGGGCUGUCGCGCUUCGGCCUCGACGCCGCGGACCUCGCGCUCAUGUGCGGCACGCACAACAGCGAGCCUGCGCAGGUCGCGCGCGCGAGAGCGAUGCUAGUCAAGGUCGGGGUCGAGGAGAGCCAGCUCGAGUGCGGGGCCCACCCUGCGAUAUCGCCGCGCGUGAACAAAGAGUGGGUGGAGAGCGGGUUCGCGCCGACGCCGGUGUGCGCCGCGUGCUCGGCGAACCACGUGGGGGUCAUGGCGGGCGCGAGGGCGGUCGGGGCGGGCGUUGCGGGUUACCACCUCGCGGGGCAUCCGGUCCAGGACCGGAUCGGAGAGGCAGUGCAGGAGCUGACGGGCCUGGCGGCCGCGGAGAUCGGCUGGGCGCUGGACGGGUGCAACAUGGUUUCGCCCGCGACGCCGCUGCAGGCUGUGGCGAGGAUAUUCGCUGCUUUUGCGCAGGCGGCUGAUGAUGGUGAGAAGGAGGACGAGGACAAGGACAAGGACAAGGACGAGGACAAGGACAAGUCGGUGCCGUUGUCCUCCCCGCGCACGCAGGCCAUGGCCCGCAUCUACCGCGCCAUCGCCGCUCACCCGGAGAACAUCGGCGGGUCGAACCGGUUCUGCACCGAGCUGAUCGCCGCGCACGGCGGCGCGCUGAUAGGAAAAGCGGGCGGCGACGGGUGCUACGCCAUCGGCGUCCGAGCGUCGGAGGACACGCGGCGGCUUGGGGCCCAGGGCGCCAUCGGCAUCGCGCUCAAGAUCGAGGACGGGAAUUUUGGGGCCAUGGAGGCGACGGCGGCGGAGCUGCUCGAGCAGUUGGGGAUCGGGACGCCGGAAGCGAGGGGAAGGUUGGAGGGGUUUCGCAGGGGGGAGAUCAAGAAUUCGAGGGGGGUGGUGACGGGGGGGUUGACGUUUGCGUUUAAGCUGAGGGCGGCUUGAGAAGGGAGUAAGGUAGGUAGGUUAGGUUAGUUAUUUCUACGAAUAACGCACGUUGAGUAGUUUUUGUUUUUUUUGUUUUUUUUUCAAUUCAGGAUUAUCACAUUCGCGGCCCUGAUUCACUGAUACAUGCUUGCCUAGCAUUCCA